AUGGAGGCCAAGCGGAUAUGGCAAAGCAUGUAUAAAUUUCCGACAGCAAUUGGUGUAAUUGAUUGUACACAUAUAGGAAUCCUGAAACCAAAUCGUCAUGGAGAUGAGUUUAUCGACCGAAAAGAGAAACCUACUUUAAAUGUGCAAGCCACUUGUGAUGCCAGAGAGAUGUUCACAAGUGUUGAUACUAUCAGGAAUAAGGACAAUCAGCCUGAAGAACUUCCCCAAAACGGAUUAGCAGUUUAAAAGUC